CGGGAGAAUAGCUCAUGACGUCAGGUCUGAGUUCCUGCUUUUUAAACCGAGUUCUGAAAACAUCGAACGCACGAACAGGAUAUCGCCUGGUCGGGAUACAGAAAGAACAACAUGUCACGUCCCAGCAGCGCGUCCCCUCGGCCAGCUAUGUCUCAGCCAAAGCAGACUGGCAUCUCUAGGGCCAAGGGGUUCAAAGACAUUCGCAUCGACGAAGAGGUGAAGAUUGCAGUGAAUAUUUCGUUUGAGAGAUUCCAGUACAGCGAAGAAAAAGAACUGGAGUUUCCAUCUUCCUUGACGAGCACAGAAAGGGCCUUCAUUCAUCGUUUGGCCCAGUCUUUAGGCUACAUCUCCAAGAGUCGAGGAAAGGGAAUGAGGCGAUUCCUCACCGUCUCUAAGAAGGACGGCACGGAGACGGCCCAGUCCGUGAUGAGCUUCACCCUUUCCCACAAUGCCAAGCACGUGAUCCGCAGCCUGCUGCAGAGGUUUCCCAUCACCAACAAGGAGCGCGCCGACCUCACGCCCCGCACCGAACGCGGCCUGUCUAUGGCCUUGGAGGCGGACAGCUGCCAGGAUAAGAACCGGACGAGCGGGAGGCUGAAUAACGGGAUCCCGCAGGUGCCCCAGAGGAGGGGUGCGUCGGAGCUGGACCUGUUCCGCCGCGCGCUGCCCGUGUACGAGCGGCAGGACGAGAUCGUCCGCAUCAUCAAGGACCACCGCGUGGUGCUGGUGGUGGGGGAGACCGGCUCCGGGAAAACCACACAGAUUCCGCAGUUCCUCCUGGACGACUGCAGCCGGAACGGGGCGCCCUGCCGGAUCUUCUGCACGCAGCCGCGCCGGCUGGCCGCCAUCGCCGUGGCCGAGCGCGUGGCCGCGGAGCGCGGCGAGAACGUGGGCCAGACCAUCGGCUACCAGAUCCGGCUGGAGAGCAGGGUGUCCCCCAAAACGCUGCUGACGUUCUGCACCUGCGGGGUCCUGCUGCGGACACUGAUGGCCGGAGACAGCACGAUGUCCACCGUCACGCACGUGAUCCUGGACGAGGUCCACGAGAGAGACGGCUUGUGCGACUUCCUCCUGACGAAGAUGAGGGACCUGCUGCAGAAGAUGCCAUCGCUGAAGCUGAUCCUCUCCAGCGCCGCCCUCGACGUCGAGCUCUUCGUCCGAUACUUCGGCUCCUGCCCCGUCAUCCACAUUAAGGGAAGGCCAUUUGAAGUAAAAGAAGUUUUUCUGGAAGACAUUUUACGGACAACUGGCUACACCAAUAAGGACAUGCUGAAAUACAGGAAGGAGAUGCUAAAAGAGGAGAAGCAGCAGACGUCUCUGACGGAGUGGUGUCGGGUGCGAGAUGGCGGCCCUCGACAGGAGCCUCAGCGUGAGAGGACGAGCAUCAGAGCCCUGGAGGAAAACGACCUGCUGGACGACAGCGCCUUCAGCCAGCUGAGUGAGAAAGACGUGGCUUCUCUGGACCCCUGGUUGCUGAAGGAAAUGGAUGCCUGCAUCUCCGAUGUCUUCCUUAGUCAGGAUGCCGAGGCAUUCGUCCAGCUCUUCAACCUCAUCCUAAGCGAGAACGUCAGCGUGGACUACAGGCACAGCGGGACGAGUGCCACUCCGCUGAUGGUGGCGUCGGCACGGGGCUUCCUGGGGCCCAUGGAGCAGCUCCUCAGCAUGGGUGCCAGCGUGAAUAUGAAGGCUUCCAACGGCUGGACGGCGUUGGACUGGGCCAAGCACUUCAACCAGGCUGAGGCCGUGGACCUGCUGGAGUCCUACAUCUCCUCGCUGGAGGCGGGGAAACUGGACGAGUCAUCGCUUGUGCAGGCGUCCUCGGCAAGCCUGAGUGCGGAGGACCAGGAGCUGCUCAAGGUGUACCACCACAGCUUUGACGAUGAGAAGGUGGACCUGGACCUCAUCAUGCACCUCCUCUCCAACAUCUGCCAGAGCUCCGAUGAAGGUGCAGUUUUGAUCUUCUUGCCGGGAUAUGAUGAGAUAGUGGGGCUGAAAGAUCGCAUCCUGUACGAUGAUAAACGAUUCGCUGAUCACUCUCACAGGUACCAGGUUUUCACACUUCAUUCCAACAUGCAGACCUCUGACCAGAAGAAAGUUCUGAAGGCCUCUCCCCCAGGUGUUCGUAAAAUAAUACUUUCCACCAACAUUGCAGAGACGAGCAUCACCGUAAACGAUGUGGUUUUUGUCAUCGACGCCGGCAAAGUCAAAGAGAAGUCCUUUGAUGCUCUGAACCAUGUGACCAUGCUGAAGAUGGUGUGGAUAUCGAAGGCCAGCGCCCUGCAGAGGAAGGGGAGGGCUGGGCGCUGCAGACCUGGGAUCUGUUUCCACCUCUUCAGCCGACUGAGAUUCAACAACAUGCUGGAAUACCAAGUGCCACAGCUACUACGCAUGCCCCUCCAGGAACUGUGCCUGCACACCAAGCUGCUGGCCCCCAUCACCUGUCCCAUCGCAGAGUUCCUCUCCAAAGCACCCGAGCCACCCCCCACGCUCAUCGUGAAAAACGCCGUGCAGAUGCUCAAGACCAUCGACGCCAUGGACCCAUGGGAGGACCUGACGGAGCUGGGGUACCACCUGGCCGACCUGCCCGUGGAGCCCCACCUGGGGAAGAUGGUGCUGUGCGCAGUGGUGCUCAAGUGCCUGGACCCCAUCCUCACCAUCGCCUGCACGCUGGCGCACCGCGACCCCUUCGUCCUGCCCGCCCAGGCCUCCCACAAACGGGCCUCGCUGCUCUGCAGGAAGCGCUUCACCGCCGGGACCUUCAGCGACCACAUGGCCCUGCUGCGCGCCUUCCAGGCGUGGCAGAAGGCCCGUAACGACGGCUGGGAGAGGGCCUUUUGUGAGAAGAACUUCCUGUCCCAGGCUGCCAUGGAGAUCAUCAUCGGGAUGAGGACCCAGCUGCUGGGCCAACUGCGAGCCAUCGGUUUUGUGCGGGCGCGGGGCGGCGGGGACAUCCGGGACGUGAACAUGAACUCGGAGAACUGGGCGGUGGUGAAGGCCGCCCUGGUGGCCGGGAUGUACCCCAACCUGAUCCACGUGGACCGAGAGCGGGGCUGCCUCGCCGGCCCCAAGGAGAAGAAGGUCCGCUUCCACCCCACCUCCGUGCUCAGCCAGCCCCACUGCAGGAAGAUUCCCCCAGCUAACGGGCAGGCCGCGGCGGUUCAGUCCCUGCCCACGGAUUGGCUGAUCUAUGAUGAGAUGACCCGGGCCCACAGGAUCGCCAGCGUGCGCUGCUGCUCGUCGGUCACCCCCUUCUCUGUGGCCGUGUUCGGGGGCUGCGCCAAACUGCCCAGCACCGCCCUGCAGGAGCCCGCCAUGCUGAAAGCGGACCCUCUGAACGAGAGCAGUGACAGUGAAGCUGAGGACCGCUCCCUGUCCCAGCGCGCUCACAUGCACAUCGACGAAUGGCUGCACUUCAAACUGGAGCGAGAGACGGCCAGCCUGGCCUUCCAGCUGAGGCAGAAGUGGCACUGGCUGUUCCUGCGGAGGAUCCGUGCCCCCUCUAAGCCCUGGUCCCAGGUGGAUGAGGCCACCAUGCGGGCGCUGGUGACCGUCCUCAGCACCGAGGAGCAGGAGGCGGGGCUGCAGCAGCCCGCCGGCAUCGGCCAGAGGCCCCGCCCCAUGUCCUCUGAGGACCCGCCCCAGCCCUCCUCCUGGAGGACCGCCCACUGCCGCAGGAGCGCAGAUGACCGCGACAUGGCUGAACACCUGCCCGUCCUGACUGACCGGUCCCUGAGGCUCUCACCCUCCCCGGCCGUCCCUCAGCCAAAACUGAACAGGGAGAGAGGCGCCCUGCACCCCAGACCACCAGGCGACGACCGCACCGACCAGCUUUCCGUCAAGUCCAGCGACAGCAACAGCACCAGUGCCAGCCCCUCCCCUCCCUCCUCUUUGAAGUGCUCCACCUCCCCGUCUCCGCGGCAGCAUGCGCCCGUGCGCUACUUCAUCAUGAAGAGCAGCAGCCUGCGGAACAUCGAGAUCUCUCAGCAGAGGGGCAUCUGGUCCACCACGCCCGGCAGCCAGCUCAAGCUCACCCGCGCCUUCCAGGACAGCGCCAGCGUCUUCCUCGUCUUCUCCGUGAAGGGCUCCGGCCACUUCCAGGGCUACGCCAGGAUGAGUUCGGAUAUCGGACCAGAGCAGUGCCAGGAUUGGGGUUUCACUGGACUUGGCGGGGUCUUUAAGGUGGAGUGGAUCCAUAAGGAGAGCCUUCCCUUCCAGUUCACCCACCAGCUCUUCAACCCAUGGAACGACAACAAGAAGGUCCAGAUCAGCAGGGAUGGACAGGAGUUGGAGCCCCUGGCUGGAGGCCAGCUGUUGCAGCUCUGGGACCGUCUGUCAGGGAAGCAGCACGAGGCUGAUGCUGCUCCAUCAGGGUCAAGACUGUGACGACACAGGUCCAGGGCUGUGAAAGCGUCGCGUUAUUUUCCCACGGAAAAACCCACUGGAGGGAGACUUCAGCAGGCAGUCCGCAGCAUGUAAUAACUGUUCAUUAUUCAACAGGCAUAGAAUCAGAGCGCUGGAGAUGCUUCCUACUUGAAUGUGCAGAAUUAUCUGUUGGUUGUUAUGUAUUCACGUUUAUUUUUUUUAUUGGUUCAUGAAGUUCACAAUUCUGCGAGUUCGUCAUCGUAUUCACGACUUAUCCUUCAAGACGCACGAUAUUUAAAUGGAAACUCAGCUGAGUGAAGUUAUGUAUAAUGUGAAAUAUAGUUUUACAGGAGUGUUCUGCAACAAUAUGUACGACAAGGCAGAGAAUCUGGACGUGAAGAGUCGCACUACUGGCGGAGACGGGCGUGUGUGUAGAAUGUAGCUGUCAGGCUGUUGGUGGGCUUUGGCUGAUCUCAGCUGAAUAAUGGCUUCCUGGGCCCUUCUGUGGCCCUGAAUGGUAUGUUUCGUGUGUCAGGGUAAUGGAUUAAUCUGCACUAAGUGUGAGAUGCAGUUGAUGUGUAUAAGGUGCCCCAGCCCUGGUCCUGGAGAGCCGCAGGGUCGCUGCCAAGCCGUUAGUCUGCUGCACCGGGCUGUCAGUUACAUUACCAACAGAGCCGAUUAACUGCUUAAGGUGGUAAUGAAUAUAUGCUCCCUGAUUCAGCAUAGGGUGGAAAUGGUAGACACCCGGGCACCCUUAACAAUACUGAGAGAGCACGGUUUAGCAGCGAGCGCUCUGCUGGUCUGCCAAGUUCUGUUUUCAUCUCUGAAACUGGCAGCCAUUUUAGGCCCAGAUGAGCAGGUAAUGAGUUCGCUGAGUGACCAUAGAAAUCAGCCUACCCUGUGCCCGGGGGGUGGGUCUUACUGGUACGGUUCCGCUGGGGGGGCUUUGUACUGUGGCAGCCUGGGAAAAGGUGUUGGGCUGAAAUAAAUGGGAACAGACACCAGCCUUGAGUAUGGGGGCGUGGGGGCAAUGGAACAAUGCAAGGGACCAUAGAACUUCAGCAAAUAAAAUCAUCGAAGCUGAGAACCAUAGAUAUCCUGUCUAGGAAUGGGUGCCUUGCUCCUUUUUUUACCGAGUGUCAUCUGCAGUCUGUUCUUUUUUUGUGGAUGUUUCCAUUUGCAAUCGAGCACAAUGUACAUCCAAAAUGCUGCACAUACGUAUUUUGAUCCUGUUGGAGGUAAUUAGGUUUUCCAUGUGUCCUGUGUUUCAUUUUUUUUUUUUUUUUUUUGAUGGUUACAUGGAAGUGUAAGUUUUACAUUUUUAAUGAUCUGCUGAAAGGUUUGAUACGUUUUAGUGUUAUAUUAACUAAAUAAAAUCCAUUCAAGCACUUAA